AUGACCCAACCGUCGGGAGUUAUGUUCAACCUGAAGUUGGAGAGAUUUUUGACCCAGAAGAAGAACAUGAAGAAAUGCACCCAGCGACUGACGGUUCAGACAACGACGAAACAGAAGAUGACCAAAGCAUUCAUCUUUUCAUGGACUCCAGUGAUUCAGAGUCAGUGCAAGAUGAGGAAGACGUCUCCUGUUAUGUGGAUGAGUCUGUGCUAG